CGACCAUCCUACAUCUGCGUUCAACUCACAAACAUAGACUCUACAUCUACCUACAAUCAAGAAUGUUGAAGAGAAGAGAUCGCUCUCCUGCGAACGGUGAGGAUGCGGCACCCCCUGCCCGUCGUCCCUUCCGGCACCAUGAUACCCCACCUCGGGGUGCGAUCGAUGACCGGAGUACACACGACCAUCCCCCCCAACGCUCAUUCUCAGCCGUGCACGAGCGCGCCAUGCGCGAGAAUCCCACGCGCCGGCCCUUUCCACACAAUGUCAUCCUCCCCAGUAUGUCCUAUGGCGCUCAGACGGUCAUGGACGACCGUUCGAGGCGCGAACCUCUCUUCUCCCGGGAAGUCUCCGGAUACGAUUCGCUUCAGAGCACGGUUGGACAGACGGACGUGCAAGAGGGUGCUAGGCCCGGAGCUCCCUCCUGCCAGUUCAUCCGACAGUACGACAGUCUCCACAACACGGAAUACGGCACGCACUUCUGGACUGCUGAACCCCACCCACAGCCAAAGAAUACAAAAUUUGAUUUGCACUCCACGACCGCGCAUGCUGGUCAUAGUGCCACCAAUGCUCCAUCCCAUCCAGGACAGCAGCACACCACUCUUCCCUCCGGACAUCUCCUUAACCCUAUGGUCUUUCCAGGCAUCGACAGGAUAACGCACGAUCCCCUGCCACCAUACACCAGUCAAGAGCCUGUUAGCAGGUUGGAAAAUUGGUGGCGGCAAGGCGGUCCAUCGAACUUUAAUCCGACCAACCAUCCUUACCCAGCCCAGCCACCAUUUGACGGCGAGAGUAGAAUCGGAGGUGUUCCACGCUUUCUCAAGGAAGAUCGACGUCUUCCCCCUCCAAUCCCUUCGCGUCCGAUGGGUUUCCUCGGUCCUCGCGCUACCAAUGAUCGAUAUGUGCUCCCUCCCUUGCCUGAGCUCCAUCCUGUGCCUGAGUCCUCACGGCGUUACACCACCCAGCAAAAGUCAUCCAGCUGGAAUCAACGGCCGUCCAGCUCGAACGCAUUCUACCCUCCUCCAGUUACAGCGCCAGUGGCUGCUUACAAUCACCGAGUGCAUGAGGUGAUCGAUUUGACAAGAGACGACGACGAUGCAGGGCCAGCACAACCUCGAGAUCCUCCUGCAUCCGAGCUCCGGUCUCUCAACGCUGCUACCACGUCCUGUCAGAGGAGGAAGGAGGGUAAGGUCAAGGGCAAGCCCAAGUCCAAGCCCAAGCAGCUCGAGUAUACGGACUUGCCAAGCAUUCAGACCGGGUUUGCGUGCCCCUAUCCCAGCCCUGACGACCCUCGGCAGCGAUGCCACGUCUUGUUUUCCUCAAGAGACGUCUUGCAACGACACCUGGGAGGGCACCUCAAGGAGGAACGAGCAAUGCUGAGGCUUGGAGGGGAAGGAUUCGACCAGAAUUCUCUGGUCUUCGGAGGGGUGUUCGCGCCGGGCUUCCCGUGCCAGUUGUGUGAUUACCCAUUCUGGAGGAAAGACUCGCGGGACAGGCAUCAGAAGAUCGACCAGAUCACCAAUGCAGUUUCUUGUCCAAAGCUAGGAAACCCGAAGAACCACGGAAAUUGGGAACAGAGGCAUGAGGAGAAGAGGGAGAAGUAUGGGUUGCCGGAGAGGGAGGUGCUUCGGAACGCUCCCAUGAGAGAGGGAGAAGGGAGCCAGGUGGCCCGGUCCACGAACACCCAACACCCCGGUGACCACCCACCAGCAAACAACGUGCCCAGGGCACGCUAUACUUGGGCCGGUACGCAGUGAGUGGACAUGCAAGGGGGUUGUGAGGUGGUUGCCGAGGUCCGGCAGGUUGGAGCCAACUCAACCGGCUGGAAAACCAAGACGCGCAAGCUGGAAAUCCUCAAAGUCGUGGACGUGAUUUCGAGGUAUACAGACCAGUGGGAGGCGAUAGACCAGGGCAAUGGCGAUAGGCGUAUUCGGUGGUUGAUUGAGGGAGAGGAGCUGAGGCCAAGGAGAGCUAGAGAAGGUCGAUGGCCCCGUUCGUCGUCGUCGUCUUAAGCAGGAGGAUUUGCCACAUAAUCGCCGCCUCCACCAGAGAUAUCGAUGUCGACAUCGAUACACUGCCUUACUCAUUGUCGUUUGAUAUCCAUUUGGUAA